AUGGUGGCUAAGAAGUUAAAAAAAAACAUUGUCAAGGUGAGGUGUAGAAAUUGGGCAGGAAGUGGAAAAGUAUCUUAUCAAGAUAUCAUCAGCCUAGAAUCCCACUUUGACAAGGGAGAGUUGUUUCCAUUUAUAUCAUCAAGUGGGAAGUCGGGUGUGAUUGAUGAUCCUGAGUUCAAAAGAGAAGAUGAGAAGAAGGACGAAAGAGUUGAUAUGAUCAAAGCCAAUCAUGACUGGAGGGAAUUCGUUUGGGAAGUUGAGUCUCUGCCAACAAACAAUCUAUUUUCUGACGAAGAAGAAGACGAUGUUGAAGAUGAAGAUGUCACGGAGCCGCCUAUUGUUGUAGAGAAGUCGAUAGCUGCUGUCAAGAGCGCGAAGCGUAAGCGCCAUGAUCCUGGUGUGGAGUAUCGGAAGAGAGAACUCCUAUGUCAACGAGCAGCUGAACAUAAAAGUGGUGUCUCCGGUGAAAUGAAGACCUUCAUUCAGGGGUUGUUCACCUCUUUUAAGGACAUGGUGCAGAAGGAGAUGCAAGAGCGUUUUGAUAAGGUCGAUACUGAGGUGGCUAAUAUCAAAGAAACAAUGUCUCAGUUUAUGGCUCCUUCAGAUGCACUUGGGAAAACCACAGCAGCUGAGAUCUCGACACCUUCAGGACCAAUUGGAAAAGAUCAAGACAACUCUUCACAGAGUCCGGGUCCUUCAUCUACACUAAUGCAAGAUCAAGCUAAGUCAUCACAGACUCCACGUCCUUCAGCAGCAAAAGGAAGAGCCAAUGUGAGUGUGGAUCCAAUUGCGGUUCGUCGUAGUCCUCGGACAGUUAGAAAGGUAACAACAACAUGA